AUGGUUCAUCUCGCAUCUGCUGUUGCCAUCGGCCUGACUGCUCUGACUGGCAUCGUGUCCGCUCACCCAGGACAUGAUGUUGGAGCCGAAGCUGCUGAGCGGGCUGCAUUCUUGAAAAGUGCCCCUGUUCACUCGCGCAGCCUUGCGCAAUGCUCUUCUCGCCUUCAGCGUCGAGGCCAGCAGAACCGAAAUGUGGCCCGUCGUCACAGGGCCGUGAAGAACAUUCGUCGCCGCCUUGGACUUCAGCCUACCAGCCACUUGCUCAAGGCGCGCUCUGAUAGCGCCCUGGACACUUCGCACCACUCCAACCUCACGGGAGUGGAUUCUUCUACCGACCCCGAUGUGUUGUUUGGCACUGAUGCUACCUGCAUUCUCGCACCCGAUGUCACCCAGGGACCCUACUAUGUCACCGGUGAGCUAAUUCGUGACAACAUGGCGGAGUCCCAGGGGGGUAUUCCUCUCUACAUGGACAUCCAGCUGAUCGACACCAACACCUGCGAGCCCAUUCCGGAGAUCUACAUGGACUUGUGGCACUGCAACUCCACCGGCGUCUAUUCUGGAGUCGUCGCCAGUGGAAACGGCAACUCUGAGGAUCAGACUAACCUCAACACGACCUUCAAUCGAGGUAUCCAGAAGAGUAACAAGGAGGGUGUUAUCCAGAUGCAAACCACCUUCCCUGGCCAUUACACUGGCCGCGCAACUCACAUCCACGUCCUCACCCACCCAGCCAACGAGACCCAGGUCCUUGCAAACGGAACCCUUUCCGGUCUGUACUCCUCGCACUCGUCGCACGUUGGACAGAUUUUCUUCGACCAGGAUCUCAUCUCUGCCGCUGAUGAAAUCUACCCGUACUCGACCAAUACCCAGGAGGUGACCCUCAACUCGGACGACAGCAUCCUCGGCGAAGAGCUCGAUACCAUUGACCCCUUCAUGGAAUACGUCUAUCUGGGCGAUGAUCUCUCCGAUGGAAUCUUCGCUUGGAUCUCCGUUGGUAUGGACUCUACCGUCGACUCCAGUGUUUCCCCCGCAGCUUAUUACACUGAGCAGGGUGGUGUUGAGAAUGAAAAUGCCGGUGCUGCUAUGGGUGGUGGUGGUUCUCCCCCAGGCGGUUCCGCCAGCGGUGCUGCCCCAUCUGCCUCCCCCACGUCCUUCUAA